AUGGAAAAAACUACACCAAUUUGUUUAUUGCCAGUCGGAAAGUUACCACGUUCAUGUGUUGUCGUUGGUGAUCCAAAUCGUGCCAAAUUGGUCGCCGAGAAAUUGUUAAAGAAUUCACGUCCAGUCUCUAUGGUCAGAGAGUACCACUGUUACGUUGGUACCUGGAAGGAUACAGAGCUUUUGGUCAUGUCACACGGUAUCGGUGGUGGUGGUGCCAGUGUUUGCUUCGAAGAGUUGAUUCAAGCUGGAAUCACCACCAUUAUUCGUGCCGGUACAGCCGGUUCAUUCGAUCCACGUUAUCGUGAGGGUUCACUCGUCAUUGCCACUGGUGCCGUCCGUAGCGAUGGUGUCUCCGAGGGUUUGGUCCCACUCGGAUACCCAGCGAUCGCCGACCACGAGGUCGUCCAAGCUCUCAUUGACUCUGCCAAGCAGAUUGAGGGUGUCAAUUUCGGAACUGGUAUCAUCACAACUGUCGGUCACUUUUUCGAUGGUCCACUUGGAAAUCACAAUAAACUCUGGGCAAGAUCACGUGUUCUUGCCAUCGAGAUGGAAGCAUCCAUUCUUUUUAUUAUCGCCUCACUCCGUGGUAUCCGUUCAGGUUGUUGCGUAAACAUUGACAACUAUAUUUUUGAAAGAGAACUCACCGAGAAAUACGAACCAAAUCGUGAUGUUGUACACCAAGGAACCUAUAGAAUGUUGGAAGUAGCUUUGGACUCUGCCAAGUCACUGCUGGCAACUUCACCUGUGCCAGCUCUCAAUGGUACUGCAGCUCACCAACAAUAA